GGCUCGUGAAGGGGCGGAGCUCGUGGGGUGGGAACUCCCCUUCCGAGCCCGAGGCGUGGCCUCCGUCGUCGCGGAGGCGCGGCUGUGGGGUCGUGGGUCCCGGCCGGGUGGGCCCACGUUACUGGCCGCGCCGCCAUCUUGCCCGCGUCGGGGGUGACUCCCGCGGCGGGAGCGCGGCCACCAGGCUGGAGGCGGCUGUGCGGCGCCCGCGCGUUCUCCUAAGUCUGUGAGUGCGGCCCGGCUGGGUCUCGUUCUCCCGAAAGGAAGGCCAGAGUCGAGGGAUCAGGGGCGCCGUGGAAAGUGUGGCUCCUAGAAAACUGUGAUUCACACUAUGUUUCUGUUGGACAAUCCUGCUAUCAGUUUUCUGCUGAGGGACACAGAAGCGACAUGGCUUUCCUUUGCUCAGACACCCCGGUGGGAAGUGAGCACUUGACUUGUUAAACUGGAAGAUAUUCAGUGAAUGGACCUGACUGGACACUUUGAGCACAUCAAUAAACAUGAGCGGUACCAAACCUGAUAUAUUGUGGGCACCACACCAGGUUGAUAGAUUUGUUGUAUGUGACUCAGAACUGAGCCUUUAUCAUGUGGAAUCUACUGUGAAUUCGGAACUCAAAGCUGGAUCUUUACGUUUAUCUGAAGACUCUGCGGCUACUUUGCUAUCAAUAAAUUCAGAUACACCCUAUAUGAAAUGUGUUGCUUGGUAUCUCAGUUAUGAUCCUGAAUGUCUCCUAGCAGUUGGACAAGCAAAUGGUCGAGUUGUACUUACAAGUCUUGGUCAAGAUCACAACUCAAAGUUCAGAGAUUUGAUAGGAAAAGAAUUUGUUCCUAAACAUGCACGACAAUGCAAUACUCUUGCAUGGAAUCCAUUGGAUAGUAACUGGCUUGCUGCUGGUCUAGAUAAACAUAGAGCUGAUUUUUCAGUGCUGAUUUGGGAUAUCUGCAGCAAAUAUACUCCUGAUAUAGUCCCCAUGGAGAAAGUGAGACUUUCAGCAGGUGAAACUGAAACAACAUUAUUAGUAACAAAACCACUUUAUGAAUUAGGACAGAAUGAUGCUUGUCUCUCUCUUUGUUGGCUUCCACGGGACCAGAAACUUCUCCUUGCUGGUAUGCAUCGUAACCUAGCCAUAUUUGAUCUUCGGAAUACAAGCCAAAAGAUGUUUGUAAAUACAAAAGCUGUUCAGGGGGUGACAGUAGACCCAUACUUCCAUGAUCGUGUUGCUUCCUUCUAUGAAGGUCAGGUUGCAAUAUGGGAUCUUAGGAAAUUUGAGAAGCCAGUUUUGACUCUGACUGAACAGCCAAAACCCUUAACAAAAGUUGCAUGGUGUCCAACUAGGACUGGUCUGCUUGCCACUUUAACAAGGGAUAGUAAUAUUAUUAGAUUAUAUGAUAUGCAACACACACCCACUCCCAUUGGGGAUGAAACUGAACCCACAAUAAUUGAAAGAAGUGUGCAACCUUGUGACAAUUACAUUGCUUCCUUUGCUUGGCAUCCAACAAGUCAAAAUCGAAUGAUAGUUGUAACUCCCAACCGAACAAUGUCUGACUUCACUGUUUUUGAAAGGAUAUCUCUUGCCUGGAGCCCAAUUACAUCUUUAAUGUGGGCUUGUGGUCGUCAUUUGUAUGAAUGUACAGAAGAAGAAAAUGCUAAUUCUUUAGAAAAAGAUAUAGCAACGAAGAUGCGCCUUCGGGCUUUAUCAAGGUACGGACUUGAUACAGAACAAGUGUGGAGAAACCAUAUUUUAGCUGGAAAUGAAGAUCCACAGCUCAAGUCACUCUGGUAUACUCUGCACUUCAUGAAGCAGUAUACAGAAGAUAUGGACCAGAAAUCUCCAGGCAACAAAGGAUCAUUGGUUUAUGCAGGAAUUAAAUCAAUUGUAAAAUCAUCUUUAGGAAUGGUGGAAAACACCAGACAUAAUUGGAGUGGAUUGGAUAAGCAAACUGAUAUACAGAAUUUGAAUGAAGAAAGAAUCUUAGCUUUACAGCUUUGUGGGUGGAUUAAGAAAGGAACAGAUGUAGAUGUAGGGCCAUUUUUGAACUCCCUGGUACAAGAAGGGGAAUGGGAGAGAGCUGCUGCUGUGGCAUUGUUCAACUUGGAUAUUCGACGAGCAAUCCAAAUCCUGAAUGAAGGGGCAUCUUCAGAAAAAGGUGAUCUGAAUCUCAAUGUGGUAGCAAUGGCUUUAUCGGGUUAUACUGAUGAGAAGAACUCCCUUUGGAGAGAAAUGUGCAGCACUCUACGAUUACAAUUAAACAACCCAUAUCUGUGUGUCAUGUUUGCAUUUCUGACAAGUGAAGCGGGAUCUUAUGAUGGAGUAUUGUAUGAAAACAAAGUUGCUGUCCGUGACAGAGUGGCAUUUGCUUGUAAAUUCCUUAGUGAUAGUCAGUUAAAUAGAUACAUCGAAAAGUUGACCAAUGAAAUGAAAGAGGCUGGAAAUUUGGAAGGAAUUCUGCUUACAGGCCUUACUAAAGAUGGAGUGGACUUAAUGGAGAGUUAUGUCGAUAGGACUGGAGAUGUCCAAACAGCAAGUUACUGCAUGUUACAGGGUUCUCCUUUAGAUGUUCUUAAAGAUGAAAGAGUUCAGUACUGGAUUGAGAAUUACAGAAAUUUAUUAGAUGCCUGGAGGUUUUGGCACAAACGAGCUGAAUUUGAUAUUCACCGAAGUAAGUUGGAUCCCAGUUCCAAGCCUUUAGCACAGGUGUUUGUGAGUUGCAAUUUCUGUGGCAAGUCUAUCUCCUACAGUUGUUCAACUGUGCCUCAUCAGGGCAGAGGUUUUAGUCAGUAUGGGGUCAGUGGCUCGCCAACGAAAUCUAAAGUCACAAGUUGCCCUGGCUGUCGAAAACCCCUCCCUCGAUGUGCGCUUUGUCUCAUUAAUAUGGGAACACCUGUUUCCAGCUGUCCUGGAGGAUCCAAAUCAGAUGAAAAAGUAGACUUGAGCAAGGACAAGAAAUUAGCUCAAUUUAACAACUGGUUUACAUGGUGUCACAAUUGCAGGCAUGGUGGGCAUGCUGGACAUAUGCUUAGUUGGUUCAGGGACCAUGCAGAGUGUCCUGUGUCUGCAUGCACGUGUAAAUGUAUGCAGUUGGAUACGACAGGGAAUCUGGUGCCUGCAGAGACUGUCCAGCCAUAAAUGUUACAACCUACAGAAGAACCUUCAAGUGUGGAGCUUUCUAAUAGAUGACCUUCAUAGCGCAAAAACAUACCUCAGAACAAGUCACUCAUGACUUUCCUGUAAUGGAAAAAUAAAUCAUUCUAUCAAAUCAGCAA